UUUAGUAGAGAUAGGGUUUCACCAUGUUGGCCAGGAUGGUCUCGAUCUCUUGACCUCGUGAUCUGCCCACCUUGGCCUCCCAAAGUACUGGGAUUACAGGUGUGAGCCACCCUGCCCGGCCCCAAACUCAGUCUUUUCUAAUGAACCUGAGGCAGGAGAAUAGGGGCUGGAAGCAGGGAACAGAACGCCAAUGCACACUAACCUCGUAGAACCAAAUCAAAAGGAAAACGCCUACUUAUGACCAAGUAACAAAAGACCAACACCCUGUUCCAGAGCAACUCUCUGACCUCAAAGUCCAUGGAGUCUUUUCUGAAGGUGGCCGGGAUGCAGUACCUGCACGGCGUCCUGGGCCCCAUCAUCAACAAGGUGUUUGAGGAGAAGAAGUACGUGGAGCUGGACCCCAGCAAAGUGGAAGUUAAGGAUGUAGGGUGCUCCGGGCUGCACCGCCCGCAGACCGAGGCCGAGGUGCUGGAGCAGAGCGCGCAGACGCUGCGCGCCCACCUGGGGGCCCUGCUGAGCGCGCUCAGCCGCUCGGUUCGCGCGUGCCCCGCCGUGGUGCGCGCCACCUUCCGCCAGCUCUUCCGGCGCGUGCGCGAGCGCUUCCCCGGCGCCCAGCACGAGAAUGUACCGUUCAUCGCCGUCACCAGCUUCCUGUGCCUGCGCUUCUUCUCUCCCGCCAUCAUGUCGCCCAAGCUCUUCCACCUGCGAGAGCGCCACGCGGACGCCCGCACCAGCCGCACCCUGCUCCUGUUGGCCAAGGCAGUCCAGAACGUGGGCAACAUGGACACGCCGGCUUCCAGGGCCAAGGAGGCUUGGAUGGAGCCGCUGCAGCCCACCGUGCGCCAGGGCGUGGCGCAGCUAAAGGACUUCGUCACCAAGCUCGUGGACAUCGAGGAGAAGGACGAGCUGGACCUGCAGCAGACGCUGAGUUUGCAGGCGCCACCUGUGAAGGAGGGGCCACUCUUCAUCCACAGGACCAAGGGCAAAGGCCCCCUCAUGUCCUCCUCCUUCAAGAAGCUCUACUUCUCCCUCACUACCGAGGCCCUCAGCUUCGCGAAGACGCCCAGCUCCAAGAAAAGCGCCCUCAUCAAGUUAGCCAACAUCCGGGCAGCGGAAAAGGUUGAGGAAAAGAGCUUUGGCAGCUCGCACGUCAUGCAGGUCAUCUACACGGACGACGCCGGCAGGCCCCAGACUGCCUACCUGCAGUGCAAGGACAGCCACAGUGUGGAAGACCCUGUGCCCCUUCUGGGGUGAGGAGUACCAAGUGCACCUGCCGCCCACCUUCCACGCUGUGGCUUUCUACGUCAUGGAUGAGGAUGCCCUCAGCCGGGACGACGUUAUCGGAAAGGUCUGCCUUAGGAGGGACACCAUAGCCUCUCACCCUAAGGGU